CAAGCCUAUAAAAGCAAUUAAUUUUAGAUAGCUUGGUCAAGACGUGUAGCAUCCAUUCGUCAAGGCAAUUUUCGCAUAACAUUAAAGGAUCAAAUAUUUACUUGCACUGCUACUUAAGCUUCUUUCUAUUUGAAUACUAUCCAUCACAUCACCAAUUAAAAUCAUGGAGACGAAAAGACAAAUGCAGCACGCGAUUGCUGCAGAAAAUGAUAAUCCUGAUAUCGCAAAAUUGGCCACCAUUGGAAUGAGGAUCCGUCAGGCUGUGUCACAGGGAUAUCAAACAUCCAGUAACGUCUAUGACGGUACAGCAUCUUAUAAUAACGCAAACAAUUUUAGUCAAUACGAUUCCAGAAGAGUGCCGUUACCGGGAAAUUUGCAACAGCCACCUUCUUUGACCAACAUGGGGUCGACGUACCAAUCUUCGGCAGGCUCGAGCUUGGCCGAAUGGGAUAGUAAAUAUGAUAUCCAGAACGCACCUUUACAGACUUUAGAACGUGACAGUAGCAAGUUGAAGAGAAAGCACGACGAUGAGAAUGUUCAGAUCCACAGCAACUUGAGCGAGUAUGAAAAUAAGUAUGGAUCGCUCAGUUUCAACGAAACCUUUUAAACUAAAAAUGAGGAGAGGGUAGGGUUCAAUUCUGUAGUAGGCUGCUUCAGCGAUUCUGCUCAUAGUGAUUCGUAACUUCGUGGAAACAUACUGAAUGAAUCUGUGUGUUUAAGGAAGACAGAACCGCAUAAUUUUUGUAUUGUAUUAUUUAGAUUGUUUUAGUUGAUAUGGGAUAUAUCGCAUGCUUUUAGAUUUAACGUUGGU